GCAGCCAUGGGCAAGCACAGCAGCAAGCUGGCCCCGGAGAUGCUGGAUGACCUGGUGAGGAGCACGGAGUUCAGCGAGCAGGAGCUGAAGCAGUGGUACAAGGGCUUCCUCAAGGACUGCCCCACUGGCAUCCUCAACCUGGAGGAGUUCCAGCAGCUCUACAUCAAGUUUUUCCCCUAUGGAGACGCCUCCAAGUUUGCCCAGCACGCUUUCCGCACUUUUGAUAAGAAUGGGGACGGCACCAUCGACUUCAGGGAGUUCAUCUGUGCCCUGUCUGUCACCUCCAGGGGCACCUUUGAGCAGAAACUCAACUGGGCCUUCGAGAUGUACGACCUGGAUGGGGAUGGGAAGAUCACACGCCUGGAGAUGCUGGAGAUCAUUGAGGCCAUUUACAAGAUGGUGGGGACUGUGAUCAUGAUGAGGAUGAACCAGGACGGGCUGACGCCCCAGCAGCGAGUGGACAAGAUCUUCACAAAGAUGGACAAGGACAAGGAUGACCAGAUCUCCCUGGAGGAGUUCAAGGAGGCCGCCAAGAGUGACCCCUCCAUCGUCCUGCUGCUGCAGUGUGACAUGCAAAAAUAGAGCCUGGGGCUCAGGGCUGGACUGGCUGCAGCCAACCUCCUGUGAUGGUUUCAACCCCCAUUUUUCCCCUUUUUAAGCCCAGGCAUGAGCCACAUUCCAUCCCUGCUGUCCCUGCAGCAGCCCCAUGUCCCCCUCCCUCCCACUGCUCUGGGCGUUGUCACCCUGUCCCACCCUGCAGCUGACCAGGGACAGCUGUUCCCACAUCCCUGUGCCUUUCUCCCUGCUUUCCCCACUGCUCCACCUGGCCCAUUCCCUGAUCCUAACUGAGACCAACUCUGUCCCCUGCCUGCUGGUUUUCCCAUCAAUUCAUGGCUUGUGAUGCCUCCAGGGAGGCUGAGAAAUCCCAAGUCCUUUUCCUGGUUCCUCCUUCACUGGCACUUCCCUGGAAAGCUGCCUGGAGAGGCCAGGGCAGGGUCUUGCACCACCUUUAGCUCUUCCACCUCUUUUUCCUGCUGGGAACAGCCAGGGUUGGUCAGGACACUUGAGAGCAGAACAGAAUUGUCCAAAGCCAGCCCUGGAUGUGGUCCCACCUUCCAUCCCAUCAGGUGGGUGACAUCCACAGCUGCCCUGGGUGGCAUUUCUGACCCCCCUGGAUAUUGAGGUGACGCCUGCAGCCCCAGACUGGGUGUGGGGUCAGGAGUGUGGGUGUGGAAGGCAGGUCCUGGUGCUGCUCCUGCUGUGGGGACAGCUGGGUGCUGGGUGGGGGCUGUGGGGAGGUGUGGAUGGGUCCUGAACCUGCUGAGCCUCCUGGCAAAGCUCUGAGACCACAAGAAACAAAUCUGUCUCCUUCCUCCCCCUCCCAGGCUGCUGCACCCACCCCUCCUGUCCCAGGCUGGUGUUUAGUCUGACCAGGCUGGUGUUUAGUCUGCACGUUGUGGUGUUGAUGGUUGUGGUGUCUGUUAGGAGAUGGUGAAGUCCUUACCUAUUUUU